AUGGCUCGCGUGUUGGUCGUGGGCGCGGGGCUCACGGGCGGCCUGUGCGCGGCGCUGCUGAGGCGGGGACGUCCCGUGAGCGUGGCGGUGUGGGAGCAGGCCCGCGACGCAGGGGGAAGAAUGGCCACGGCCCAGAGCCCCCGCGACCCCCAGUGCAGGGCGGACCUGGGGGCUCAGUACGUGACGCGCACCCCCCAUUACGCCGGGCAGCACCAGAGUUUUUACGACGAGCUCCUAACCCAAGGUGUUUUGAAGCCACUCACCUCUCUCAUUGAAGGCAUGGUGGUGAAAGAAGGGGAUUGCAACUUCGUGGCACCUCAAGGAAUCUCUUCCAUCGUGAAACAUUAUUUAAAAGAGUCAGGGGUGGAAGUCUCAUAUGGGCACCGUGUAACUGAAAUCUACCUUAAAGAUGACAAGUGGGAAGUCCACAAGGAAGCGGGAGGCUCUGAGCUGUUUGAUAUCAUCAUCCUCACGAUGCCUGUUCCCCAAAUCCUUCAACUCCAGGGUGACAUCAAGAACUUAAUUAGCGAAAGUCAGAAGCAACAACUGACCUCGGUGCGCUAUUCCUGCCGUUUCGCUCUGGGCCUCUUUUAUGAAGCUGGCACGCAGAUUGAUGUCCCCUGGGCCGCCCGGUAUAUCCUCAACAACCCCUACAUAUGCUUCGUCUCCAUCGAUAAUCAGAAGCGAGACAUAGAUGCAGCAGACUCGGGCCCCUCAGUGGUCGUCCACACCACCACGUCCUUCGGAAUGGAGAACUUGGAGAAAAGCAUUGAGGAUGUUCAGGAUGUGAUUCUGCAGCAGAUGAGCAGCGUCUUGCCGGACCUGCCCACUCCAGCCAGCACCACGUGCCGCCGGUGGACGUACUCUCAGGCUGAGGAAAGUUGUAAUCGGCAAAGCCUGAAAAAAAAUGAGGGCUGAUCUUCUAUUGGGCAAGGAAUUCAAGAUGGUGUUUCUUCAGUUUGCGUGGUGCCCUGGACAUUAUUACUGGGAUCAGCUGUGGACAAGCCUGCUCUCUAACCAUCAGUGUUGCUGGAAGAGAGCAGCCCUUUUGUAAAGAGGCCAUUGGAAACUGGCUAGUAAAGGUCCCUUCCCCAGGGGAGAGUGGUGUGAAAUCAAAGCAGUCCUCCCACCACCAAGGCUCCUUUACAGCUGUCUGCAAAGUGCUGACUGCCCUUGAAAAGUUUCACCCGCCCACACCAUCUUCGUCUUGAGGGUCUACGAGUGGAAUGUGCCCACUGAAAGUGAAAACAAUUCUACUUUUUCAAAGCUUAUUUCCAGAGCACAAAUGUACUUGAUUAUGAUCCUCCACCAGAAUGAAACUUGAUUUCCCUGAUAUGUUGUUUCUGUUACCAGAGUGUGGCUUGAGACCUUGGUCCCCUUCAGCUCUUCUUUACCCACUAAACUGUGGCACCAAGAAGUGGCUGCCAUCUUGCUUCAAGGGUCACACACAAAUUUCCAGGUCCAAA